AUGUCUGGCUUCCACGACUUCCAACGACUUCCACCAGAGCUGCGCUCCCAGAUAUGGAAGCUCGCGAUGGAUCCUCGCGAGAUCAGUUUCGUCACGAGUGAGCGAUACCACCCCGAGAGCCGUUCUCCCAUGGCUCCGAGAGCUCUUGUGGCACCGCUGCUGCACGCCUGCUGGGAAUCACGCAUGCUGAUGAAGAAGCUCUAUAAGAAAGUAGUCUUUGGCUCCAUGGCCCUGAACCGAUGCUAUGUUUGGGUCAACUAUGAUCUCGACACGGUCUUCUUGGAUUAUUUUAAGAUCCAUCAUCUGCCCCAUCUUAAUCCAGAUUGGAUCCGGCGUCUUGCUCUGCAUCGUAGGCAAUGUCCUCCUUUUCCUGGCUGGUUCCAACAUUACAUGGGCGAGUGCUUGAGUUUCAUCGGGCGGUUACCCAACUUGACGGAUGUGCUGCUCAACUUUGAAGCGUCAUGCGAGCGCUCCCAUUUGCGCAGUCCACCGUGGCACCCCAUCGAAUACACAGUCAUGGUAGAGUGCUACGCUACCUGCAGGCCGGCGCAUUUCAAUCUGCGCAUCAUCGACGUAUCGAGCGACCCGGACGCCGUCUUGAGCCGCGACAAUUUCCUUUGCCUCCUGCAGGAGCUGACACCGAGCGCCAUGCCGGAUUACGCCUCGCAAGGCUACCGGCUAUUUGAGGAUCCAACUGCAUUUAGCAGCAACCUUUAG